AUGUCAGCUGAUCAGUAUGAUAUAGAAUGUGAACAAAAAUUAAAAGCUUAUAAAAAUCAAUUUCUUGAAUGGAAAGAAAAAAAUAAAAGUGCUAGAGGAACACCAGAAUAUAUUUCAUAUGUGAAACAAUUUGAAAAUUGGGAAAAAUCAAUUAUUGAAAAAAAAAUUCAACAUGUUAAAAGAAAACAAAUGGCUUUAGAAGAAAGCAAAAAAAAAGAGGAAGAACAAAAACAAUUAGCACAGGAACGUCUAAAAGCUGAACAAGAAAUGAAACAACAAUAUGAAUAUGCUCAGUACAAUGAUCAAUACAGACAAACACAUAUAAAUGCCAUGACAAGAGGUAGUUCCAAGAACUAUGGAAAAUCUCCGGGAAUAAAUGAUACCUCAGGUGCAAAUGUAUCACCUUCACUUACAACAACACAAGUAACUCAUACAUUUCAAAAAAUAAUGGAAUCUAUGCGAACUGGUCAUACAGCUAGUCCAUUGACAACUGAUAAAAGAGAUAUUAGUGGCAAUAUUAAAGCAGAAAAUGAUGAUGAAGAAUCAUUGUCUGGUGAUCAAUUCUCCAUCAUUGUUCGCCCAGUAGAAGCACCUGUUUAUGUUGCAGAAAAUAACAUAAAACUUUCUGAUAUUGAACCUCCUUCCUACAAUAGUGAUGACCCAAUGUUUGCCAAAUGGGCAUUUAAAGCAGCACCACCAAAUACACGAGAUGCAUAUAUGCCACCAAUACCUCCAUGUGGACCACAGGCGUGUUGGAUAAUGUUAGAAGCAAUGAAAGACCAGAAACUAAUAAUAUCAUCAUCAGAAAGACAACCUCCAAUGCCGUUAAUUCCACAAUUUAAAUAA